GGCUUCUUCCUUCUCACCCAGCAGCAGCUGAAGUAGUGUCACUUGGUUGGCUGGUGCUCGCAUUUAGAAGAGUAUUUCUUUUACCUUUGAUAAUCGCUAAUUUGUUAUUUAGUAGUUGUUUAAAGCGAAAAAUUAAUUAUCGUUUUUUGUUCGUAUUUCAAAAGUAAAAUCAAAAUGGAGCCGGGUCGGGGUGCCGGAGAGGGUAAUUUACCCAGGUUGCUCUUCCAACUCGCAAAGGGUGAGCUGACCCCAAAAGGUCGCGAUAAUCUGAAACGAGGCUUGUUAGACAAUACCAUAAAAAAUAUGAAGAUGUCGAAUAAAACUUCGUUUCAAAAGUAUCAACGAUAUACCCCCUCGCCGGUGUAUGGGCUUGAGUGGUGUCGAAAUGGGAAUAUGCUGCUUUCUGCUCAUGGCGACGGAAUUGUCAACAUUCAUGACCGAAGAACUCAAGCGAAUGUGAUGCACACUCCUCCAAGUACUUCAGACGGGCAUUUUGACGCGGCCAACGGAUGCACAGAAAUUGAUAGUAACUACUUUGCUAGUUAUUCGGAUGAUAAAACAGUUCUUGUUUGGGAUUUGAGAAAAAUGGCGAGUUGGGUAAAGAAGUGUGUGGGUCAUAAGAACUGGGUGAAGAAUGUGAAUGUCAUGCAUGAUGGGAGAUCAUUGGUCACUAGUGGUUGCGAUCAGACCAUACGAAGUUAUGACUUAACCAGUCCGGCGUCUGCACUCGAAUCCGAUCCAUUAUUAUAUUUUGAUGGCUUGUGCCGCACUAAGCUAAACCCGUUCGACAAUACGCUCUACAUUACUACUUGGAGGACAAAUGUGCUUGCUAUUAAGAAUCUGGAUCUCGAACACUUGGAGAAGGAUUCGCUGAAUUAUUAUCUGACAGCUAUGAAGGAAAUUAAGACGGACAAAUAUAUACCCCCGUUCGCCAAAACUAGGAACCGUCUCGAUAUUGUUCAUUAUGUUCCAUACAACGGCAACUCUCUUUCAUCUGGUCAAUCAUUAGACAUCCACCCAGAAGGGACUUGCUGCGCUGUUCGUUGUAUCCGAGAAGAGUCAUCGUCAUAUCGCCCCCAAAAAAAGUUUGAAUGGUUGUCUGUUUAUGAUUUGACUUCUGGAAAUGUUGUUCCUGCAAACUCCGAGGAGCUUAAACAACAACCUCACGAGGAGGACGACUAUUCUCAAGAGUUUACUGAAUGGUUACAGAAUGUAAACUGGGACCUUUUAGAUGCCAGGUCCAAAUGGAAGAUUUGGAAAACAGUCAAAUUAACGGACAAGGUCGAAUUGGAUUUGUUGCGGAAUGCGACAUUGACUAAAUUGCGGUUAAGUAUGCUAUAUAGUCAGUGGAAUGAGACCGAGGUCAACUCACAGGAGAUGUACCGUUCUCAAUAUUACAAAGAGUGUGCUCCCUUCUCGGACGGAUUGAUCAAAGAAAUCAGUUUCUCGAGUUGUGGGCGUCUUAUCCUAGAUCCUAGUCCCCAAGGGUUUCAGCUUCUAGGCUUUGACGGCGAUCUUAACAAUUACUCAUUCGAUCCAGUAGCUCAAGAUACGAACAACCAGUAUAAACCCCUUACGGUAGUGAAGGAGUUUAUCCUUACGGUACCUUAUUUGAGGAACACCCCUCCCAAAUUUGAGAAUUGUCUGUGCGCCAAGUUUUCCCCGGAUAAUUCCAUCAUUGUGUGUGGAUCUCUAGAAGGGAAAGUAACGUGGUGGAAAGUACCCAAUGACCUGAUGCGCAAAGCCCCGAUGAACAACUACCAAGACCUGAUUGACAAAGCCCUGAAGCACAAUAAUGAUUUAAGACUUCGAUUCAAUUUUUAUGAAAAUGAUUUCUCACAUUUUCACUAAUUUUUUUAUAUUUUGUUACAUUUUUUAAAGGUUUGUAUUGAAGCUUAUUUAAUACUUCAAUAAUAAUUUUGUGAUUUACUUAGUCUCGUAAAAAUAAAACCAAUCGGUACAAAGGGUAUUAUAAAUAUAGGUAUUAUAAAUUAUCUCAAAUAUUUAUAUAUAUCCCUAUAAAAGAGAUUUGUUCUUUAUGAAUAAUAUUUACAUGUGUAAUAAUUUAUAUGUAAAAUAAUACAAAGUCAGCCAAAGUAAUCAUUUAUCUCUCAAUGCAGAGCAGUUUAUUGUUUGUUUUUUCGCCAAACUUAAUCAACAAUUGAUAUUUUAUUAAUAAAAUGUUAUUUGUCACACGGUAGUAAAUUAGCAAUAAAUAAGGAGAAAUAUAUAGUCGUAGUAUAUUUCCACGUAAUAUAUAGUCCAUAGUUAACGCUUAAUCAUCAUCAGUUAAUGAGUAAGUAUGA